ACUACGCUUAGUAUAGAAUGUUAUGUUUAUCUACUCCUAUAACACAGUUGUCGAUCUUUACACCUGUAUUUGUUCACCACUCUAUUUGGUUUCUUUUGCAAAGCACCUAUUCAGUGCUAGAGAAUUUGAUGAUGUUAGCUUACUAUAGAAUCGAAGAAAAACAUCUAGGAUUUAUUGUGCUGUAGGAAUAUUGCUCUCUAAGGACUAGGUACAUCUUACCAUGACAGAACGUUUUGUGAUUUUCAGAGCUUUUUUAGUUGCCACUUUAUGCCUGCACGUGAACACAAUUGAUGUGACUACCACCUGGUUGAAUGACACUAUUAUAGGAACUACUGCAACAUUACAGUGUAGUUGGACAGUAGCAUCUGGAGAAAAUCCAACCCAAAUUGUUUACUCACCAAAUAACAAUACCGAUCCUUUCUAUUUUUCUUGUGAUGUUAACACUGAUCUACCGUACAGUUGUACUAGAGGUCCAUCAGCUCAAAAUAGACACAACAUUACAUCUUCUCUUCUAAGGUCUGUGUCAAUGUUGAUUACUAACCUGCAAUGUUCAGAUGAUGGAACAUCUUAUUUUUGUUUUGUUGGAGAACUUUAUAAAAGUCCAACUAUAUCACAAUCUCUACUGAGGGUAAAAGUUACACCAACAGUUCCAACAUUAAGUAAUGUCCAGACAGAUGUCCAAGAAAACUCAAACAUCACAGCUACAUGUACAGCUGGUGUUGGUUAUCCUAAUGCUGGACAAAUUGUUUGGAAAGUUUAUCAGAAUGGACAAAGUGUUGAUUUAUCUCCAGAACUUAUGAUAACUGCUGUAAAUGUCACACAGUCAGGAGAUGACAGAUGUACAGUACGUACCCAAAGUUCAGUAACUCUAAUAGCAAAGAGAGAUCAUCAGAAUAUUUCUCUGGCAUGUUUUGUAAUCAAUCAAGAUUUUAAACCUACAGCACCAGACACUUGUACUAAUCCAGAAACAGAUUAUUGUAUCCAGACUAACCCUAUUGUGGUCACUUAUCCAGUGUCCAGUCUAAGUCUGACCAGAGAACCAGCAUCUACACUGUAUGAAGGAAAUACAGUGACACUUAAAUGUCUAGUCGAUGGAAAUCCUUUACCAACUUUCACGUGGACUAAAUAUGGAGAUGAAAACAGAAAAAUUUCUAGCGAGAUGGAUGGUCUCUACAGCACUGUUACUUUGACUAGUCUAAAUAAAACCCUGGAUUCUGGAGAAUACAACUGUACAGCUUCCAAUGUUAUAAAAAAUGUGAAUUACGCAGCUAUUGGUGUAAUCGCUCUAGAUAUAUAUGAAGCCACCACUCCAGCUCCUACAACAACAACAACAACAACAACAACAACAACAACGGAGCAAACGUAUAGAUCUACAUCGUCAACAGAAACAAUCUCGGCAGAAAAUAUCAAUGCAGUCAAUAAUUCUGACAGUAAUAAAGUUUCUCUGAUAGCUGUGGGUGUUAUUUUAUCAUCAAUUAUAAUUGUACAGUUAAUUAUCAUCUUUCUGAUCAGAAGACAAGGGAUAUGUGUGAAGAAACCAGGCGAAAGAAAGCCACACAUCUAUAACCACCCCAAUAAGGAAUCUGAAUAUGAUUAUGUUAAUAAUUCCAAUUAUAAUUGUAUUGAGAUUUAAAAUUAAUCUUUGUUUU